AUGGUCAGAGCAGAGAGUGACGUCCACAUGGUCAGAGCAGAGAGUGACGUCCACAUGGUCAGAGCAGAGAGUGACGUCCACAUGGUCAGAGCAGAGAGUGACGUCCACAUGGUCAGAGCAGAGAGUGACGUCCACAUGGUCAGAGCAGAGAGUGACGUCCACAUGGUCAGAGCAGAGAGUGACGUCCACAUGGUCAGAGCAGAGAGUGACGUCCACAUGGUCAGAGCAGAGAGUGACGUUCACAUGGUCAGAGCAGAGAGUGACGUCCACAUGGUCAGAGCAGAGAGUGACGUCCACAUGGUCAGAGCAGAGAGUGACGUCCACAUGGUCAGAGCAGAGAGUGACGUCCACAUGGUCAGAGCAGAGAGUGACGUUCACAUGGUCAGAGCAGAGAGUGACGUCCACAUGGUCAGAGCUGCGAAGCAGAGUGACGUCCACAUGGUCAGAGCAGAGAGUGACGUCCACAUGGUCAGAGCAGAGAGUGACGUCCACAUGGUCAGAGCAGAGAGUGACGUCCACAUGGUCAGAGCAGAGAGUGACGUCCACAUGGUCAGAGCAGAGAGUGACGUCCACAUGAGCAGAGUGACCUCCACAUGGUCAGAGCAGAGUGACGUCCACAUGGUCAGAGCUGCGAGUGACGUCCACAUGGUCAGAGCAGAGAGUGACGUCCACAUGGUCAGAGCAGAGAGUGACGUCCACAUGGUCAGAGCUGCGAGUGACGUCCACAUGAGCAGAGUGACGUCCACAUGGUCAGAGCAGCGAGUGACGUCCACAUGGUCAGAGCAGAGUGACGUCCACAUGGUCAGAGCAGAGAGUGACGUCCACAUGGUCAGAGCAGAGAGUGACGUCCACAUGGUCAGAGCAGAGAGUGACGUCCACAUGGUCAGAGCAGAGAGUGACGUCCACAUGGUCAGAGCAGAGAGUGACGUCCACAUGGUCAGAGCAGAGAGUGACGUCCACAUGGUCAGAGCAGAGAGUGACGUCCACAUGGUCAGAGCAGAGAGUGACGUCCACAUGGUCAGAGCUGCGAGUGACGUCCACAUGGUCAGAGCAGAGAGUGACGUUCACAUGGUCAGAGCAGAGAGUGACGUCCACAUGGUCAGAGCAGAGCGUGACGUCCACAUGAGCAGAGUGACGUCCACAUGGUCAGAGCAGAGAGUGACGUCCACAUGGUCAGAGCAGAGUGACGUCCACAUGAGCAGAGUGACGUCCACAUGGUCAGAGCAGAGUGACGUCCACAUGGUCAAGCAGAGUGACGUCCACAUGGUCAGAGCAGAGAGUGACGUCCACAUGGUCAGAGCAGAGAGUGACGUCCACAUGGUCAGAGCAGAGAGUGACGUCCACAUGGUCAGAGCAGAGAGUGACGUCCACAUGGUCAGAGCAGAGAGUGACGUCCACAUGGUCAGAGCAGAGAGUGACGUCCACAUGGUCAGAGCAGCGAGUGACGUCCACAUGGUCAGAGCAGAGUGA